AUGGCCAAGCCCAGUUGUUGUGAAAGCACUAAGGUGAAAAUUGGUCACUCUCUGAGUGAAGCUGAGAAGCAGCAUGUGGCCAGAAGGAGAAAGACUGUCCAACAAUGCCUGGAGCAGCAUGGUUUAGACUGUGAGGAUGAGGUGCCUAACAUCGCAGUGCUGGGCUCUGGUGGUGGUUUGAGAGCUAUGGUUGGACUGCUGGGAUCGCUGAGUCAGCUGAAAGAAGAUGAACUGCUGAACUGUAUCAUGUACCUGAGUGGAGUUUCAGGAUCUACCUGGUGCAUGGCAUCACUAUAUAAAGAACCAGACUGGUCCACCAAACUGCUGGCUAUGAGAGAUGACAUCGUCCAAAGGCUUGCUGACGGCAGUGUCAGCUGGUCAGAGAUGGAACAAAAACUGAUGAAAUACUAUUUAGAACAGGACAACUUCAGCCUGACAGAUGUGUGGGCAGCACUGAUUGUGUCUAGAAUGGUGAAAGAGAUCGAUGAACACACACUCACAGAGCAGAGGGGCAAACACACCAAUGACCCGUAUUCCGUUUACACUGUGAUUGACAAGCAAUGCACACAAAAUGGACUGAAUGCAGAUGUCUGCUUUGAGAUCACUCCAGAUGAGUCAGGUUAUUCUCUUGAUGGAGCCUUUGUGGAUUCCUCCUGUUGGGGAAGUAAGUUUGAGAAUGGAAAGAAGAUUAAAGAUCAGCCAGAGAUGGACAUGCUCUACUUACAAGGCCUUUGUGGCAGUGCCAUUGCAGAUAUGAAAGAGGUCCGUGAGGAGCUCUAUGAGGCACUAAAACACCUGAUUACAAGAAACACAGAAGAAAGAUAUGAAUUACAAACAAGAAAAGCACAGGAUGGUCUCCAGGUUCUCUUAACACUUGUGGAACUGAACCUUUGUGCCUUGAGAGAGGAGGAUCCUACAACUCACCUCAAAACCAUGAAUGACCUACUGAAAGAUACAUUUGAUCCAACAGGAAGAAUGAAUCUUCAUCUAGAGAAGCUGAUGACAUCAGAAGGGAUGAUCUCCAAGCCAGAGUUAAAGGAAUACACCCUGUGUGUGUGCAAUUCUCUGUUGGCAGAAUGGCAGAAUUAUUGGGACGAAUAUCGGCUUAUUUUAACAAUUAUCAAGAAAAUGUCGUACUGGAACUGGGGAACGACUUACAACUACCUCUACAAAAUGAAAGUGUCAUCAGUGGAAGGCGUCGACCCCAGUGUCCUUGACUCAGAGACGAGAGAUUAUGAAGACGCUGGACUGUUCCUCAACUCAUCCUAUUUCUCAGUGCUGAGACAAGAACGACACAUCGACCUCAUCAUUUCCCUUGACUUCAGUGCAGGAAAUCCCUUCGAGACGGUGGUUAAAACUGCUAAAUUGUGCAAAGGACUUCACAUUCCUUUCCCUGAAGUUGUUGUACCUGCUGAAGAUACAGAACCACAGGACUUCUAUGUGUUUAGAGGAUACGGCAAAGCUCCAACUGUGAUCCACAUCCCUCUUUUCAAUGCUGUUAACUGCAAAGGAGAAGUUGAGAAGUGGGAGAAAAGAUAUCAGACUUUUCAAAUGAGCUACAGUUGUGAAAUGAUCACAGAUCUUCUGGAGAAAGCAGCUUUAAACAUCAAAAACAACAAGGAGAAACUGCUCAAAGAGAUUGAAAAUGUCAUCGAUGGGAAGAAAGGAAAAAAGGAGAAAAAGCUUGGCUAAAUUUGAUGAGUGCAGUAAAAUCACACAAAAAUACUCAAAUACUCAGACGCAUGCUUAAAGCUCAGUCAAUGAUGAACCAAUCAUGGUGAAGGUUAGCUUAAAGAGUAGGUGAAGAUUUUGUGUUGAAGUUAAGGUUAAAGACAGAUUUAAUAUACAACACAUUCAAUUUCAAGUUCAGCUGCAUGAAGCUGAUGUUUAAUUGACUCUUAAUUAAAGACAGACUGAGCAUCUAC